AUGGUUGCAACCCAACCCGAAAGAGAUGAUCUAAAUAGAAGGAGAGGGUUAGACGAACAAUAUGUUCAACCAGCCACUCAGCCAGGGGUCCGCAUUCAAGAUCCAGCUCAAAGAGAUCCUAAUGUGACACUGAUCGGCCAAGAGGGUGAACAAGUUCAUCCAUCCGCGCAAGCACAGUUGAAUGAAUUGAAAAGGAAAGAGGAUCCCUUAUCACAUCUCAAGUAUUUUGAAAUGCAAAUAGACUUGCAAGGGGUACAAGGAGAUGUGUGUUGCAGAAUUUUCUCUGCCACACUCUCCAAAGCUGCUCAACAAUGGUACUUCAAGUUGACACCAGGAAGGUUCAACUCUUGGAAGGCAUUCUCCUCGGAGUUUCAUGCACAAUUCUCUUCUUCUCGUCAACUCCUGUUACAUUUAGAAGACCUGGUCAAAGUGAAGCAAAGACCAGGAGAGCCUCUCCGAACUUAUAUAAGCAGGUUCAUGACGGAGGCAAAAAAAGUGGCGCGAUUAACUGAAGAGGGGAAAUUAGCCAUCAUACUGGGAGGCAUAAAGAUUCUAGGAGAGUUGUGGAAAGACAUCAAGAAAAGUUGUCCAGUAGAUUCUAUGAGUGAUUUUCUCGACCGUGUAGAUGGUUUCAUCAAGCUUGAAGAAGCCAUUCAACGAGCAGAUGUUGAGCCUAAACUGGGCCAAUCACAAGUUCCUUCGGCUGCGACGUUCGUUCAAAACCCCCAGUACCCUAAUAGUUCAAACUUGGACAGUAAAAGAUCUAACAACAACAACAGACAAGGCAAUGGAAAAAAGGGAAAGUUCGUAGGCAAAGCCGAACAGAUGUCUAAAGAGAAUCCGUCCAAAUUCACUACUUUCUCUGACGACUUGGAGACCAUCUACAUGGCUACUCAGUCAGUAGUUUCGUACAAGAAACCUGCUCCCAUGAAAAAGGACAUAAUAGACGAGCAUUUGCAAGUCAUCAUUGCGAGCCCGCAUAUAGCUGGAGAUUUGGGCAAAGCUCAGAAGAGGUAUGCUCGAACCUUACAGCACGAGCAAAAAGAAGUGGUCCUGGCCGUAGAAGAAAGGCAACCAAAAAUACCACGAGUAGGGGAACCCACUAUAACAUUCAAUGAAGAAGAUGUUGUCAAGGUUCGUUUCCCGCACAAUGAUCCAUUAGUUGUGGAAGUACAGAUAGCUAACAACACAGUGGCCCGAACUAUGAUAGACAAUGGAGCCUCAGUAAAUAUCCUAUUCAAAACACCAUAUGAAAAAAUGGGGCUCCAACUCAAAGAUCUGAUCCCUUGCCUCCAGCCCGUAUACAGUUUUUUCGGCCAGAGUGUUGCACCUUUAGGGAAAAUUCGCCUACCCCUCACUGUUGGGCAAGCUCCAAAAUGCAUAACUGUGAUGGCACAAUUUUUGGUACUGGAUAUUCCAUUAGCCUUUAAUGUCAUGUUGGGUCGGCCAACCUUAUAUGAAUUAAAAGCUGUUACAUCGAUAUUCCAUUCGUGCGUCAAGUUCCCAACAAAGAAUGAGCAGCGAGAAAAGCUUGUCACUUUUCUAAAACAGAACCUGGAUGUUUUGGCGUGGAAAUAUUCAGACAUGGUCGGAAUAUUGUCAGAGGUCAUGUGUCACUGGUUGAACAUUGACCCUGAAGUGCGAGGAGUACGAAAAAAGCACUGCAAAAUGGACCCCGCGAGGUACCAAGAGCUUAAGAAAGAGGUGGACCAUCUGUUAGCAUGCGACUUCAUAAGGGAGUCAUUUUACCCGAACUGGUUAGCCAAUUCUGUUCUUAUACCAAAACCCAACGGCUCAUGGUGA